AUUAUCAGCACAACACAUUUUAGUUAAUUCGUUCGUCUUGAGCUUUCAGUAAUAUAUAUACAGAGCCUUCUUCUUGCCCGCUAACUAAAGAACCACUUGAAGUGAACAAACAUCUUUAGUUUCAGAUCAAGUAAACAUACAUGGCAGGUUUCGACAGCCAAAGAUGGUCACUACAGGGUAUGACUGCCCUCGUCACCGGUGGAACCAAAGGCAUAGGAUAUGCCAUAGUGGAAGAACUGGCCGGACUUGGAGCAACCGUGCAUACCUGUGCUCGUAACAAAACACAGAUUCUUGAGAGGCUUAAAGAAUGGGAAAAUAAGGGAUUCAACGUGACCGGCUCAGUUUGUGAUCUCACCUCUAAAGCACAAAGAGAGAACCUCAUCAAAACUGUUUCCUCUAUUUUUGAUGGAAAACUUAACAUCCUUGUAAAUAGUGCCGCAACAUGCACACUUAGAGGAACCACAGAUUACACUUUGGAAGAUUUCUCAACUAUGAUGGAAACCAAUGUUGAAUCUCCCUACCAUCUUUCUCAACUUGCACACCCCCUCUUGAAGGCCUCAGGAAAUGCAAGUAUUGUCUUUGUUGCCUCCAUUGCCGGUGUGGUAGCUCUACCGAAACUCUCUGCCUAUGCAGCAACAAAAAGUGCAGUGAUCCAAAUUUCUAAGAACUUGGCAUGUGAAUGGGCAAAAGACAGCAUUCGUACUAAUGCUGUGGCGCCAUGGGCUGUCAACACCGGAGUUAAAGUUGAAUCUGACGGUCAUUCUGAUGAUUUCAGACGCCUAAUAGGUCGAACUCCCAUCCGUCGCCUUGCACAGCCUAAUGAAAUCUCAUCUCUGGUCACUUUCCUCUGCCUUCCUGCUGCGUCUUACAUCAAUGGACAAGUUAUUAGCGUUGACGGAGGAUUUACCGUUAGCGGUUUCUAGUGAACUCAACUCAUCAAUGUAUAGGCUGCAAAAUCAGCAUCCUAUCUAUCUGAUCACAUAUAUCAUCUAACAAUCCCAACAAUACUUCAAUUAUUUCCUAUGGAUAAUAUCAGUUCUUCCAAUUUGUGGAUAUGUCGACAUCUCUAUGUUAGUAAUAAGCCCCGGGGAAAUAGUCAAUCCAAUACUUCUAUUGUUAAAAGUCUCUGUAAUAAUUUGGGCGUUUACUUUGUAAAAUGUAAGGAUAAACAUAAUUUUACUUCUUUGGAUUUGGAUGUCA